UGUGGUGUUAUUUCUCUUACGGAUGCGUUGUUGGGUGCUGCUGCUUAUAACGGCUCUAUCCACCAUCGUCAGAGGGUUGCCGACCACGACGACACGGACGACGACGGAUAAACUACUCGAGAAUACGGCAAACUCACAGCCACUACAACAAUCUUCUUCCGAACUAUUUGCCGUCGACGUAUCUCGCUACGCUCAACUGCUUUCCACGCAUCUCUUGCUUGAUCAUCUCGAGAAUGCGUUUUAUAUGCUCUCAAGAAAGAUCUCGGUACAAUUCCGAGACUCCAUUCAUGUCAAUGUCAACGUUUCACCUCAACACGAUCCUUCGCUGUCUUCGCCUGUCGACGUCCACAUAUUGAAGGGUCAGCUGAAAGGCGCCGUUGGAUCAUUUAUCGAAGACAAGUUUCCAGCUGUAUGGGGUCGACAUGCUGCUGCGCUCAACAAGGCAUCGCUUCAGUCAUAUGUAGAACUCGUGGUCCAGAAGCUGUGCAUUCCUGACGAACAACAAGGGCAACAGAGACAACAGUAUGACGAUAGCUAUAACGAACGAGAAGAUACAUUGGUGAUAACGACACCUACCACAGUUUCGAACGUUUGCCUCGAGGCGCACGCCCGACAGUUUCUAUCUUCGGUCGACCGGUAUCUUGGCAACCACGUUAAGCGGACGAUAGCGGAUAUUGUGUCGUACGAACUUCCCGUUCUGUUUGAUACGACGCGAGCCCAAGUCCAGGACAUUGUCGAGCACUUUAACCAGCAGGUGCUGUCGGAACAGGACCAUUUGGAACUCGUUCUAGAGGCGGACCAUACAGAAUGGUGGGUCCCGGCCGAGGUCAACGAGGUUCUCGAAACAGUUGUUCAUUGGCAAACUCCGAACAACGAGCUGUUCUUACUGCAAAGCAAUAAUAACAAUAAUAAUAAUGAUAUUAACGGCAACGAACAAGCUGGUAAAAGACCAGCGGAAGAUGCUCGUACCAUGUUUGACGCCGUGCAUCAUUUUGCGACACUUGCACGUGUAUCCCCAGAACAACAAUUCUGAAAUAUCUUUAUUAUUGCCUUUUUCUAUUAUUUAUUUUCAUUCUCCUCCUCCUCUUCUUCCUCUUCUUCUUUCCCGUUUUUGCAACUCACAUACACACUUCUUUUAAACAUUCCCCUCUUUUUUAACAAAAUGUAUAUACGAAAGCAUGAACAGACACUAUUUGUACAUUCACUACUACUACUUCUACUACCACUGUCACUAUCAUAAAAAAGCAUAUCUCCUCUUCCCCCCUUGUAGCUCUGUUUUUACCGCCACCAAUAAAAAUCUCAAAAGAUAGAACCUUUUCAUUUGGCGUCACGACCUUCAAGUGCUACAGUUCUUGUCCCCGUUUGGUAAAAAUGGUUAAUUGAAGAUGCGACACCAGGAAAAAUUUCUACUAUUAUUAUUAUAAACCCUACUGUAAAAAUAGAAAAGCUGUCAAUUCUGU